UUUCCGACUAGCAUCCCCGUCUGUUUCAUAAGGAAGUCUCCCCCGGGGUUCUGACGUUCAUCCGUAAUCGGACAAGCUCUCGUACACCUCGAACACGGACAGCGAGGACUUCCGAAUAUUCCCGAAAGUACUCCAAAGUCCAAGUGAUUAGGAGGGAUUACGUGAAGCGCGUCUUCUGUAAAGUUCUCGAAAGAAGGUCAAUUUCGCGUCGGUGGAGGUACAGUAUUGGGUUUCACCCGAGGGCUCCUUCGAUCACCAAGAAUAACAUCAACACUGAGUUUACAGAGCUAUUGCGACACCAGAAGAAGUGGACAUCUAAGCCGUUUACGCAAUUUACGUCGCUUAAGGCCAAAGUGUAAAGUGUCAUUUGUAUCGGCAAGAUUCCAAACAACUCAGAUUAGAUCACCUUUAUUAUCAAGCAACAUGUUUUCAGCUAUUCCUUUUGCACGGUCACUAUUUGAGACUUUGACAAAAGCUCUCACAGGAAGAGAUGAGGUGUUAGAGGUUUUGGGUGCCUUUGACUUGUCUAAUGAAUCACUGGAGGAAAUCAUGAGUCUUCUUAUGAAAGACUUUGAAAAAGGCCUCUCUGCUGAUGAAAGUGAGCGAGCACAAAGCCCAAUAAAAAUGCUUCCCACAUACGUAAGGGCAAUUCCUGAUGGCUCUGAAGUGGGCGACUUUCUUGCCCUGGAUCUAGGUGGAACAAACUUCAGAGUUCUAAAGAUCUCAGUUGAGGAUGGCAAAGUAAACAUGGAAAGUGACAUAUUUCCUUUGGCCCAAGAUCUGAUGAUCAGUGAAGCAAAUAUUUUGUUUGAUUACAUUGCUGGCUGUAUAUCACUCUUUGUGAAGAAAAAUAAGAUAAGUGAGAAGUCGCUGCCAUUGGGGUUCACAUUUUCAUUUCCUGUGAAGCAGUUAUCCCUAACAUCUGGCCUAUUGAUAAGAUGGACAAAGGGUUUCAGUGUUGCUGGAGUGGAGAAUGAAGAUGUUGUCAAAUUGCUGCAUGAAGCACUUGUUAGAACUGGAGUGAGCGCUAGUGUCGAUGUUGUGGCCCUAGUCAAUGACACUACAGGUACAAUGAUGUCUUGUGCAUUUGAAAAUCCAUCAGUCAGUGCUGGAUUAAUCUUGGGCACUGGAACCAAUGCAUGCUAAAUGGAGAACCUUGAUAAUGUUGCUAAAUGGGAUGGUGACAGAGAUGAACCACGACAAGUUAUUAUUAACACAGAAUGGGGUGCAUUUGGUGAUAAUGGAAGCUGGAAUCACCUCCGAACGAAGUACGAUGAACAAGUGGACAAGGAGUCCCUGAAUCCUGGAAUGCAAUUGUUUGAGAAGAUGAUUUCUGGAAUGUACCUUGGUGAACUUUGCCGAAUUGUUUGCAUGAACUUGGCUGACAAGAAACUGCUGUUCAACGGACAAGUCAGUGACAAAUUCAAGACCAAAAACUGCUUCCUUACCAAGUUUGUGUCUGAUGUGGAAAGUCAUGAAAGGCACAAGAUAGAGGAGGUUCUAAAAGAAAUGGAAGUGGAGAAACAAACCUCAGAGUCUGACAUUGAGAUUUUGCAGCGAGUUUGUGCUGCCCUCUCUAUAAGAGCUGCCAGACUGGCUGCAGCAGGAGUUGCUACAAUUGUCAAGAAAACAGGGAACUACACAACUACAAUUGCCGUAGAUGGAAGCCUCUUUAAAAAACACCCACAGUUCAAGCGUUACAUGCAAGAGACUCUCUCUGAUAUUUUGCCACAAGGUGAUGUCACCUUGAUGCUAUCUGAAGAUGGUUCAGGCAAAGGAGCUGCUCUCAUUGCUGCAGUGGCGUCAAAAUCGAAAAAACACACAGAGGCAGAAUCCGUGAAAGCUGAUAACAUGUUUGCAGCCACAUCUUUUACCCAGUUAGUCUGUGAAUCUCUGACGAGAGCCUUCACGGCGAAAGACGAGGUGUCAGAGGUUUUAGAGGUGUUCGACUUGCCGAGUAAAUCCAUCCUGGAAGUCACCAGAAUUCUGAGGGAAGACUUCGAUAGAGGUCUGUCUGCUGAUGAGAACGAACGAGAGAAGAGCUCAGUCAAAAUGCUUCCAACAUAUGUAAGAAAGAUACCUGAUGGUUCAGAAUCUGGCAACUUCCUUGCAGUAGAUCUUGGUGGAACAAAGUUCAGGGUGUUGUCAACCUCGAUACAAGAUGGCAAAAUUGAAGACAAAAUUGAAAACCCACCACUUGAUGAAACAAUAAAGACCAGUGAUGCUGAAACGUUUUUUAAAUACAUUGCUCACCAUAUUUCUCUUUUUGUCAAGAAACACGAGCUAAAUGAUCAUCUGCUGCCACUAGGGUUUACGUUUUCUUUUCCAGUGAAGCAAUCGUCACUCGCCUCAGGAGUUUUGAUUCAAUGGACCAAGGGAUUUUCUGCUUCUGGGGUAGAAAAUGAAGAUGUUGUCAAACUAUUAAAGAAGGCACUUGCAAGAGAGGGAAUGGGUUCUAAUGUGGAUGUGUUGGCCCUUGUCAAUGACACCACAGGUACAAUGAUGUCUUGUGCAUUUGAGAAUCCAUCAGUCAGAGCUGGGUUAAUCUUGGGCACUGGAACCAAUGCAUGCUAUAUGGAGAACCUUGACAAUAUUGCUAAAUCGGAUGGCGACAGAGAUGAACCACGACAGAUGAUUAUUAACACAGAGUGGGGUGCAUUUGGUGAUAAGGGCUCCUUAGAUCAUCUUCUCACGGAGUAUGAUAAACAACUUGAUAGGGAAUCCAGUAACUCUGGUGAACAGCUAUUUGAGAAGAUGAUUUCAGGGAUGUAUCUUGGUGAACUUGUCCGAAUUGUUUGCUUGGACUUGAUUGAGAAGAAAUUGCUGUUUAAAGGACAAGUCAGUGAAAAAUUCAGGACCAAAGACAGCUUUCCUACUGAGUUUGUGUCUUGGGUUGAAAGUGGUGAAAGGGAACAGAUAGACAAGGUUCUUAAAGAAAUGAAGAUAGAGAAACAAGCAGUGGAAUCUGACAUUCAGAUUUUGCAGCGAGUGUGUGCUGCAGUCUCCAUAAGAGCUGCCAGAUUGGCUGCAGCAGGGGUUGCUACAAUUGUCAAGAAAACUGGGAACUACACCACUACAAUUGCUGUUGAUGGAAGCCUCUUCAAAAAUCACCCACAAUUCAAACGUUACAUGCAAGAGACUCUUAAAGAUAUUUUGCCGCAAGCUAACAUAACCCUGAUGUUAUCUAAGGAUGGUUCAGGCAGAGGAGCAGCCCUUGUUGCUGCAAUUGCUCAAAGAAUGCACACAACUUGAGUUCAUGGCAAUUUUUUUCAGAUAAUUUCUUAGCCUUUGUUUUAACUGGCAGCAUAAUCAGUGACAAACUACAUAGGAAAAGAGCCAAAAUUACAAAGAAAGACAUUUUUAUGAAUCUAAACCUAAUCUCCUUCUUACCAUAAGCAAAAGAUUUAUUGACAUUUUCUGUUCGGCUUUAUCAGCUACAAAAAAAGUGGCCAUGAAGCAAAAAUACAAAAACCUCUUUUCUUGAUUUAUGGGUGCUCUCUCGAAACCUCUUUUCUUAAAUUAGUGGUGCUUUCUCAAUUGCUUAUGCAAGUUUUGUGCCUUUGAGGGAAUAAAAGUCUAGUGUUAUGGGUGAUGUGGAGUUGUCUACCUAAGGCCUUCACUGAAAUUGGGCUUUUCUACAAGAAAUUCGGAGGGGAAGGAAAAUUCAACACUGUAAAAGCAGGUAGUAAAUGGGGAUUACAACAACUUGACUCAGUUCUACGAGGGGGGUAAAGGGAACACAGGGAGGGGUCCUGCAUACAUUUCUCACACAUCAAAAAGUUGAAAUAAUGCAUCACAAAAAAAAUCACAUAUUACUAAACUUAAUUAUGGAACGAUCUUCCCCUUUUUAUUAGAAAUAUAUCUUCAGUUAAUGCUUUCAAGAAGGCUCUUAAAACUCAUUUAUUCCAGAAGGC